GGGAGAGAAAAAGAGAGAGAAAGGAGGAAGGUCACACACGCACGUCUCCAUCAGGGUAUGUAUGACCAGCCGUUGCAUUGCAUAUCUGCAUGAGUAGCAGCAGCACAAGGAUGUCAUGGGCGGCAGCGAGAGAGAUCAGAGAUGCCCCUGUGAUCACACUGGCCUUGUGCGCGCUUGCUGAGCUCCGUUUCCAUUUCUAGCUCCGUGGAAUCUCUACCUCCUCCAUCCCCCCUGCAGCCCUGCUAGCUCGUCUCGUCUCGUCUCUCUUCCUGGGCGCCGAGCUCUUCCUUGCUCCACUACCCACCAAAGCUGCUUCAGUGGUUCUUGUUGCAGCAAAGCACAAGGCCAGGAACUUGCCUCGCAAAUACACGGCUUCUGGCUGCUGCUGCUUUCCUUCUCCCUUUGAGAUUUCCCCUUCCUCUUUGGUUGAGCUGUUUUUUUCGCAAGGAAAUUACUGGUGGAGAAGAAGAAGAAGAGGAGGAGGAGGCCCAUUGAGCGCGGCACCAACAAGAAGAACAGAGCAGGGACGGCUUAAUUAGAAGCACUUCGUGUUGUUGGUGGUGUCUCAGCUCUGAAGUCUGAACCAGAGGAUAGUCGUUGCGAGGAAGAGAUGGGGGAGGCGGAGAGCAAGAAAGGCAGGGGCGCCUGCUCAACGGCUCUUCUUCUCAACUGGAUGGGUGAACCGAGUGAGCAGGACCAGGAGGAGGAAGAGACGCUUCAGCUCAGCCUUGGGCUCCCCGGAGGGAGCCGGAGAACGGCAUGCAGAGACAAGGCGAAGAAGCACUCCGCCGGCGACAGCUCCGUGCUCUCUCUUGGCUACUCCACUGCAAUCCCCAGCCCACAAUCACAAGGCAAGGCACAGGGAUCCCAAGACGAGCCAGCAGCUACAAGGAAUGCAGUUGCACCAAACAAUAAUGGCCCCCGGACAAGAUCUCCUGGCGCUCCAGUUAUUGGAUGGCCUCCUGUUCGUGCAUCCAGAAGAAAUCUUGCUACUUCUUCUAGCAAAGCAUCCCUUGAACAACAACACAUGAAAAAGGCUGUGAAGGCUGAAGAGACCAGGAGAGCUCCAUUUGUAAAGAUUAACAUGGAUGGUAUCCCUAUUGGUAGGAAGAUUGAUCUGACUGCCCUCGAUAGCUACGAGAAGCUUUGUGUAGCUGUAGACAAGUUAUUCCGGCACCUUCUUGCAGCCCAAAAUGAUCCUCCUGCUGCUGGGACAGAGUGUACUCAGGAAGUGGUGGCAAUAUCUGGUUUACUAGAUGGAACUGGGGAGUACACUCUGGUUUAUGAGGAUUAUGAAGGUGACAGAGUACUGGUUGGAGAUAUUCCUUGGGGAAUGUUCGUUUCAUCAGUGAAGAGGCUACGAGUGCUGAAGACAUCUGACCUCUCUUCAUCUCUAAUCACUUCCAGUCGGAAAAGAACAGCAGCCGAGUGUUGACCUUGUUUUAGAAUUGCCUGGACACUAAAUGGGACGUGCUGUGAAGAAGAAUUCGGUCUUCUGAGCUUGUAUCAUCUUUUUCUCUUCUUUUGUGGUGACGAUUUUUUGGGUUUUCCUGCUCUUCUGUAACAUAUGUUGCUUUCAAAAGACACUUUGAGAAGUUUAUGUUUGUGCAAUGACCACCUGUAAAUGUGCAGCUGAAAUCAUCUCUAAAUUCAUGUGUGUGUGUGUGAUCCCUUUUGCGGAUGAAUGAUAGAUGCUUGACUUGUUGCCUGUGA